AUGGACGCCGCUCUUGAGAUCCUUGACCCUUUGGUCUUUGACAGGGCCUACGCCUACUUUCACCCAGCCGUAACGGCCCCUAACGCCACGGAGUCGCUGUCGUCGGCUGUCUACGAGUCGGCAUGGGCACGCGACAACAUCCUCCGCCAGUGCACCUCGAUCCUUCUGAUCACACAGAUUGGCGCCUCACUACUGUAUUUCAUCUUCAGCGCAUUCUCAUACUACUUCAUAUUCGACCGUCGCCUUGAGUACCACCCACGUUUUCUGAAGAACCAGGUGCGCCAGGAAAUCGCAUCGUCAAUGUGGGCCGUGCCUUUCAUCAACAUUCUCACCCUGCCGUGGUUCCUGGGCGAAGUCCGUGGCAAGAGCUUCCUCUACAGCAAUGUCAGCGACUAUGGCUGGACAUGGAUGGCCGUCUCGACAGUCCUGUUCAUUAUCUGGAACGACCUGCUCAUUUACUGGAUUCACCGUCUCGAGCACCACCCCAGCGUGUACAAGUACAUUCACAAGCCUCAUCACAAGUGGAUUAUGCCCACGCCCUGGGCGGCUCUGGCGUUUCACCCUCUUGACGGCUAUGUCCAAUCUCUGCCAUAUCACGCCUUUGUGUUUCUCUGUCCUGUGCAGAAGCACCUGUAUCUGAUUCUGUUCAUCCUCGUCCAAAUCUGGACCAUCUUCAUCCAUGACGGCGACAUGAUCUCCGGCCACUGGCUCGAGAAGUACAUCAACAGCCCUGCACAUCACACGCUGCACCACCUGUACUUCAACGUCAACUACGGACAGUACUUUACAUGGGCUGACAACGCGUUCGAUUCACACCGUGCGCCCCGUCCCGAACUGGAUCCUCUGCAUGAUGCUCUCAGGGUCAUGCGUGAGAAGGGCCUCGUCGAUGAGAAGGGCGAACCCAUCCCUCAGAGGAAGAAGGACGACUAA